GCAGCAGCAGCAGCAACAGCGUACUAAAAUGGCAAUCCGCAUUUUUUCUCCACGCUCACUCCCGCAUUUCUUCUCCUUCGCCCUCCACUCCGCCGCCGCUGCCGCCGCCCUCGAUGACCCUACCACCACCAUCGUAAACAACCUCUGCCGCGUACUAAGCGACUUCCGCUCCCCACACCAUGAUCUCGAGUCCGCCCUCCGCCCCUUCUCCUCCACCGUCUCCCCCUCCAUCGCCGAGCAAGUCCUCAAGCGCUGCCGCCAGCUCCCCUCUCCCUCCUACCGCUUUUUCAUCUGGUCAUCUUCCCUUCCAUCUUUCCUCCACACCCCUACCUCCCACUUCGUCCUCCUCGACCUAUUGGCCUCCGAGCGCCUCUUUCCUCUUGUUUGGACCCUCCUCUCCGACUUCCGCCCUAACUUUUCCCACUCCAACUCCUUUCGCCUCCUUUUCCAAGCCUACGCCCGCGCCUCUCUCCCGCACGACUCCAUCCGCGCCUUCCGAAGAAUGCCCGACUUUGGUCUCCACCCCGCCGUCGACGACCUCCACCACCUCCUCUCGGCUCUCUGUCAUCAAGGCCAUGUAAUCCCAGCGCAAGAGUUUUUCCAUAAAUGUAAGUCCGAGUUCCCCGUCACACAGAAAACCUACACGAUUCUCAUAAAUGGCUGGGCAUUGGUUAGGAAACCGAAGCAUGCACAGAUCCUAUUCGACGAAAUGCUACAACGAGAUCUCUUCGUCGAUGUCGCUGGUUAUAAUUCUCUCAUUGCAGCACUUUGCAGAGGGGGAGAGCUGGAUGAGGCUCUCAAACGGUUCCAGCAGAUGAGGACCUUGCAUGAGCUUGAGCCGAAUGCUGCAAGCUACGCAGUUUUCGUUCGAGCUUACUGUGAAUCGAGGGAUCUGAACUCUGCCAUGAGAGUCAUGGAGCACAUGAAAAUGCAUGACCAGAUACCGAAUGUAUUCACCUACAACGCCAUAAUCAAGCUGUUGUGUGAGAGGGAGCAGGCUGAGGACGCCUACCAGCUGCUCGAUGAAAUGAUUGAAAGGGGUGCCAAGCCUGAUACCUGGAGCUACAAUACAAUACUAGCUCUGCAUUGCAAGCUUCGAGAGGUUAACAGGGCGCUCAGACUUCUUUCUAGAAUGGAUAAAGACUCUUGUUUGCCUGACCGGCACACCUAUAAUAUGCUACUGAAGAUGCUGAUAGUUGUUGGGAGGUUUGAUCGGGUGAUUGAGGUUUGGGAAAGUAUGGAGAAAAGAGGAUUCUUUCCAUCUGCGUCAACUUAUGCUGUAAUGGUUCAUGGGCUGUGUAAGAAGAAGGGGAAGAUUGAAGAGGCGUGCCGUUAUUUUGAGAUGAUGGUGGAUGAGGGCGUUCCACCUUAUUCUAGUACUUGCGAGGUACUCAGAAGAGAACUUCUGCGGUUAGGAUUGGGAGGGAGGAUUGCAGUGCUGGUUGGUAAAAUGAAGAGGAGUACUUCUUGCAGUAUACAAGAGCUCUCAGAUGCCAUGGAUGGAAGCCGGAUAAUUGAAGAGCAUGUCUGAAAUUAUUAAUGCUCAGUUUUUUUUUAUAAAGUUUUGGAACAGCUUUAUAAAAAUGUUACAGUCGCAUAUAUGAACUGAAUGGUUAUUGUUUGGCAGCUUUAGAAGAUCACAGGUACUGUGGGUGCUUGCUUGUGAAUUGGAACCUUAAGACUUACCUUCACAACACAGUUCACUGUAACAAAAUGCUGCAACAUUCUGUCCUCAUGAGUUUUUUUAGGUGAAUUCACUUGUAAUUGCUUUAGCAGUUAGCAAUAGCUUGAUUAGUGCAGCAAUCGGCUUAAGAUAAUCAUUGUAUCAUAUGGAUAGUGACAAUGGUAUCAAGAUUAAUGAAUGAUU